GUGCGCAGGAGCGGCGGAGCGCCGCUGGAGCCGUCUUGUUUGCAGCCUCCAGUGCCGCGGCCGCCUUUCUGGGAUUUGAGUCUCGCGCUUUCUUCGUUCGCUCGCCGGCGGGUUCGCGCCCCUCUCGCGCCCCUGGGCAGCGAGGCUGGGAAGGGGUUGGAGGGGGCUGUUGAUCGCCGCCUUUAAGUUGUGCUCGGGGCGGCCAUGUCGGCCGGCGAGGUCGAGCGCCUAGUGUCGGAGCUGAGCGGCGGGACCGGAGGGGAUGAGGAGGAAGAGUGGCUCUAUGGCGGCCCAUGGGACGUGCAUGUGCACAGUGAUUUGGCAAAGGACCUAGAUGAAAAUGAAGUUGAAAGGCCAGAAGAAGAAAAUCCCAGUGCUAAUCCUCCAUCUGGAAUUGAAGAAGAAACUGCUGAAAAUGGCGUGCCGAAACCGAAAGUGACUGAGACUGAAGAUGAUAGUGAUAGUGACAGUGAUGAUGAUGAGGAUGAUGUUCAUGUCACUAUAGGAGACAUUAAAACGGGAGCACCACAGUAUGGGAGUUACGGUACAGCACCUGUAAAUCUUAACAUCAAAACAGGGGGAAGAGUUUAUGGAACUACAGGGACAAAAGUCAAAGGGGUGGACCUUGAUGCACCUGGAAGCAUUAAUGGAGUUCCACUCUUGGAGGUAGAUUUGGAUUCCUUUGAAGAUAAACCAUGGCGUAAACCGGGUGCUGAUCUUUCUGAUUAUUUUAAUUAUGGGUUUAAUGAAGAUACCUGGAAAGCUUACUGUGAAAAACAAAAGAGGAUACGAAUGGGACUUGAAGUUAUACCAGUUACCUCUACUACAAAUAAAAUUACGGCCGAAGACUGUACUAUGGAAGUUACACCAGGUGCAGAGAUCCAAGAUGGCAGAUUCAAUCUUUUUAAGGUACAGCAGGGAAGAACUGGAAAUUCAGAGAAGGAAGCAGCACUUCCAUCUACCAAAGCUGAGUUUACUUCUCCUCCUUCUUUGUUCAAGACUGGACUCCCACCAAGCAGAAACAGCACCUCUUCUCAGUCUCAGACAAGUACUGCCUCCAGAAAAGCCAAUUCCAGCGUUGGAAAGUGGCAGGACCGGUAUGGGAGGGCCGAAUCACCUGACCUAAGGAGAUUACCUGGGGCAAUUGAUGUUAUUGGUCAAACUAUAACAAUUAGCCGAGUUGAAGGAAGGCGACGGGCAAAUGAAAACAGCAACAUACAGGUCCUUUCUGAAAGAUCUGCUACUGAAGUAGACAACAAUUUUAGCAAACCACCUCCAUUUUUCCCCCCAGGAGCUCCUCCCACCCACCUUCCACCUCCUCCAUUUCUUCCACCUCCUCCAACUGUCAGCACUGCUCCACCUCUGAUUCCACCACCAGGUAUUCCAAUAACUGUACCACCUCCAGGUUUUCCUCCUCCACCAGGCGCUCCACCUCCAUCUCUUAUACCAACAAUAGAAAGUGGACAUUCCUCUGGUUAUGAUAGUCGUUCUGCACGUGCUUUUCCAUAUGGCAAUGUUGCCUUUCCCCACCUUCCUGGUUCUGCUCCUUCAUGGCCUAGUCUUGUGGAUACCAGCAAGCAGUGGGACUAUUAUUCAAGAAGAGAGAAAGAUCGAGAUAGAGACCGAGACAGAGACCGGGAACGAGACCGUGAUCGGGACAGAGAAAGAGAACGCACCAGAGAGAGAGAGCGGGAGCGUGAUCACAGUCCUACACCAAGUGUUUUUAACAGUGACGAAGAACGAUACAGAUACAGAGAAUAUGCAGAACGAGGCUACGAGCGCCACAGAGCAAGUCGAGAGAAAGAAGAACGACACAGAGAAAGACGACACAGAGAGAAAGAGGAAACCAGACACAAGUCCUCCCGAAGUAACAGUAGACGUCGCCAUGAAAGUGAAGAAGGAGACAGUCACAGGAGACACAAGCACAAAAAAUCUAAGAGAAGCAAAGAAGGAAAAGAAGCUGGCAGUGAGCCCGCCCCUGAACAAGAGAGCACCGAAGCUGCACCGGCCGAAUAGGCACGGCACUGGCCUUGUGUGUAUAUUAUGGCCAGAAAUGUACCAUAGAUCUUGUUAUUUUUCUGGAUAAUGUUUAAGAAAUUUACCUUUAAUCUUGUUCUGUUAGUAUGAAAAGUUAACUUUUUUCUCAAAAUAAAAGAGUGAAUUUUUCAUGUUAAGUUAAGAAUCUUUGUCUUGUAAUAUUUAAAAAAAUAAAUUAAAAAAAUAAAAAAGACAGCAGUGACUUUAUAUCCAAGAAAGUAAUGUGAAUGAGUCACUCAGCAGGGAAUUUUAAAGAGCUAUGUACAUACACGGGAGCUGAUAAAGGUCAAGGUUGCACCUUGGCCAUAGUUUUCUGGAGUUCAUCAAAUACCAGUCUCAAGAGGUUGUGCUGCAAAAAGCACCUCUGAUUUGAGAUUUGAAGUAUUUCGCCAGCCCUGCUGUGGCACUCUCGCUUAGCAUAUUAAAGAACUCGUAUACAGUUUUGAUAUCACAACUUUUUGAUAGGUUUUCAGCGUCCUCAAUUUGGUUUCAUGGUAUAACUGAACAGGCAACUUUUGUAUUCUAAAAAUUAAUAAAACAUAAAGGCAUUUGGCUGGUGUCUGUGAAAUAACUUGCCCUGAGGGUAGUUUCUUGUAGCAGGCACCAGACAAAGCCUCGCCACUGUGACACAGAUUCGAAUUGCCUCAUGGCUGUCUGUGAGAUGGGGUCAAGCUGGUUUGGCCUUUCCUGAUGCUUUUUCCAAAGCAUUCUGCUCAUUGGUUGAGCAGCAUGUGGAGUUUUGAUACAGUGACUAGCUAAUUGUGAAUGAAAAGACAAGAGCUUUAGAUUAGUCAUUUCCCAUUAGAUCUAAGAAUACAAGUUCAUAAUUCUGUGAGCAUUUUUAGGGAUAAGCCUUGGGAUGUAUUUGUCAGUGAUCGUAAUGACAUGGUUUUGAAAGAAUUACUAGGAUCCUUUAAAUAGUGAUAAAUAAAAAUGAAUUUAAUAUCACAUACUAAAAGACAGCUAUAAUUUGAAAAAUAUUUCUCAUUUGAUGAAAGGAACAUUUUUCAGCAGUGUACUUUUAAAAUCCUCUGGCUGUAAAUUUUUUUUUUUAAUGCCCAUAAUAUACCCUUUACAGACCUCAGCAUAUACCAAAUUUUUAAUUGUAGGAUUUGAAUUCAGUGGGGGAAUAACAAAUGAUCUCAGCUGUUUAAGAGCUUUUUAAUGAAUAGAAAAAUAAAGUUGUGGAGUAGUGAGAAAUCCUCCACACUGAAUAAAAACUUGAUAAGAAUUAUGUUUUGAGAAUUACAUUUUCUGAGGUGUAAUUGGCUUUCAUUAGAUCAUAUUUUUCCUGACAUUAGUUUACAUUUUUACAGUGUAUCUUUUAAAUAAAAAAAUUGACAAGAUAAAUACAUUGUUUCAACAUAGCUUAUCUGUAGUUUUCUGUUUUCCUAUGACCCCAUCAUUGAUUCUAUAAAAAAGUGCCCGGCCAAGAAACAAUAGUAAGAGUGAUCUUUCCCUUAAGUUCUUUCAGCAUCCUUGCCAAGCAAGCAUGUAUCAUUCCUGAUGUACUUCUACCAUUGACAGCCAGAAGAAUAUCACCACAUCUAAAAAACAUAAAACAACACAUGAUUAACAUUUUGAUUCAUAGCUGAAAUCAGUGCAAGUGUAUUUGGUGGUCCUAGUUUUUGCUCCAACUGUCAAUUUUAAUUACAAAAAAUUCUAAUUAGGAAUAUCUAAUUAAGGCUUUCUCCUCCCCACCCCCCACCCCCUCAAACUGUGCAAACUCUCCAGUCAGCUUCUGUUAGAAGGGAUGCUAAAAGCACAGGAAGUUGCUGUACGGGACCAAGGAAUUUUUAGAAAUUGAAUGCUAUGUACAUUUUCUUUUUAACCAAUAAAACAAGGUUUAUAGUACAUGCAUUAUUUCUAAGGGCCCAACCUUUUGCAUAUAUGAAACAAAAUAUUGGUAAUAACUAGUCAUUAUUACCUAAUUCUUCCAUCUUUGUAUGCUGGUGUUCCUUCAACGAUAGACUUAAUAAAAAACGGUUUGUUCCCAUUAUAUUCUUCAUAACCUCCUACAAUGCAGAAGCCCAGACUUCCAGCUGUGUUUCUUCGUAAUAUAACAUCUUUACAGUUAUACAGGUACCUGAAAUAGAAUGUGUAAGCAAUAGAUCUUCACACUUAAGUUGAACUCUUAGGGAAUAAUUAUGAUUCAUCUCCAAUUCUCUUUAUUGACAUUUUUUUCGGGCUAAAUAGCACUGGAUGGUUUUCACUCAAAAUUGUCAAAGCCCAGUGACUUUUGUGCUGUUGGCGGCCUUUUUCUAGUUGAAUUGUUUUCUGUUUCUAUGAAGCAAAUUGGAUAGGCCUAAGUCCUUACUGAUGAACUAAAUUCAAGCAUACUUAGCAAUAUUCUAUUUUUAUUUAGUUGUGAAUAUAAUUUUAAUGAAGGCAAAAAUCCUCUAAAUGAUUAAUCUCAGUGAAAAAACACUUAAACCUAACCCUAAUAAUGAAUGCAUUUGCCAAAGUUCUGACUUUUGAAAAAUAAUGCUUUAAAUGUAGUUCUACAUGUUUUAUAGGUUAUAGAGAAGCAUGCAGGCAUAAAGUGAAUGGAAAUUGAAUAAAGAUUGUAAGAAUAAGUCAUAAUGGAGGAAAAAAAUAGUAAACUGAAUAGGAAGUUAUAGAAGGAAUGGGAGAAGGAGAGGCCACAGGUAUUCUUUGAGUAGAAUCCUCACCUAAAAUAGACUAGAUGGAAGAAACUUAAUAUCCGGUGGCAGCUGGAACAGUUAAGAUAGGUGCAGGCCAAGUAUAAACUGUGUUACAAUUGUGACAGCUAGUGUUGUCAGGAACUGGAUUUGACUAAAAUCUCCCAGUACAAUAACUGGUUUGAAAGAAAAUUAGCAUUUUCGUAUUGGUAAAAAUCAAAAUAUGAUUGUUCUGUUUAUAAUCUGUACUUUAAAAUACUAACUGCUUUUUGAAAAACCAAUAAAACGUCUCUUGUGAAAGGU